GCCCUUUUCUCUGUCAUGUCCGGACGCGGGAAGCAGGGCGGCAAGGCGCGCGCCAAGGCCAAGACGCGCUCGUCGCGGGCCGGGCUGCAGUUCCCGGUGGGCCGCGUGCACCGCCUGCUGCGCAAGGGCAACUACGCCGAGCGGGUCGGGGCCGGCGCGCCCGUGUACCUGGCGGCCGUGCUCGAGUACCUGACGGCCGAGAUCCUGGAGCUGGCGGGCAACGCGGCGCGCGACAACAAGAAGACGCGCAUCAUCCCGCGCCACCUGCAGCUGGCCAUCCGCAACGACGAGGAGCUCAACAAGCUGCUGGGCCGCGUCACCAUCGCGCAGGGCGGCGUCCUGCCCAACAUCCAGGCCGUGCUGCUGCCCAAGAAGACCGAGAGCCACCACAAGGCCAAGGGCAAGUAGAAAUAUGGCCUAGCUUGCAGCUCAAACCUGUCCAAACCAAAAGGCUCUUUUUAGAGCCACCCACUUAAUCAAGAAAAAGAGCUGUGCCUUCAUGUUCCAUUGGCAUAGCAGGUGUUGAAUAGUGACAACCCUGUAAAAAGAAUAAAGACGCUUGGCUAAGGUAUUUAUAGAUCUGUCAAUUGACCCAGGAUUCCUUGACUUAAGUCACCUUGCCAGAAGAACAGCACCUUUGCUUUAAGGAGCCCAUGAGAGCAAAACCUAUUCCACAGGUUCGAAUAUCCAUGUGGAACCCAAACUUAGCAUCUUAUGACUGGCUUGUCCUCUCUUCUAAUUCAGUUGAAUCUUCCUGAAUGGGAUUCCGCCCCUCCUGAAUGGUCCUAUGUUAGUUCUGCAGAGUGGUAGACUUCUUGUUCCAAGUAGCUUCAGGCAAAGGAUGCAUUUCAUAAUUAUACCCACAGAUGAAGUCAAGACCGUAUGGAAUUACAUCCAGGAGACCAUGCAUCCUAGCAACAAGCUUGAGAUGUGGACGCUGGAAGUCAGAUAUUUAACCUAUUGGCACCCAGUGCAUCCUAAUGCUGCCUAUUCUGGCUGCUCUCGGCCACGAGCACACCCUCUUUGCCAUGGCACCAGCUAGGGAGCAUCUUCGAUUCCUCUCCUAUGUACACAUCAGCUCAUGCUUACUUUUUCCUCACAAAUAUGUUUUAAUAAAAUUAAGUUUCUAGGCCA